GCCCCGCAGCGUGCCCACGCGCGCCGCGCCCCCGCCCCCGCGCAGCGCAGCCGUCCCGGCGGUGCCAGCGUGUCCCCGCUGGCGCUCCCCGGAGCUCCCGCCCUCCCGGGGCGGCGGGCAGAGCUGCAGGCAGGGGAGCAGGCAGGGCUGCAGGCAGGGCUGGUGCAGCAGCGGAGGCCGGACGGUGCCGUGGCUGCUUGAGACCCCCGCACCCAGGAGGCCGGAUCCUGAUGCCGACCCACUGAGCCUGGAGCUGCCCACGCUGCCGCUGCUGCGGAGCGCGGUGAGGAGCCUGGGGCCGCCGGAGCGGGACGCGGAGGCCAUGACGCGGGAGCAGGCCCUGCUCUACCUCUUCGUGCUGCACGACCAUGACCGGAGCGGGCGCCUGGACGGGCUGGAGCUGCUGCAGCUGCUGGGCGCGGUGCUGGCGCAGCGGGACGGGGGGCGGCCGGACCCCGACACGGUGGCCGCGCUGGUGGACCAAGUUCUGGAGCAGCAGGACCUGAGCGGGGACGGGCUGCUCGACCCCUCCGAGCUGCUGCGCUCGCCCGGCCGGGGCCGCGGACCCCCGGGGAAGCCCCUCCUGCAGCCGCCCGGGGAGCCGCUGGCAGGGGAUGGGGCGGUGCCCGGUGGGGGCACGGAGACGGCGGGGGGGGACCCGGGGGUGAGCGGCCCAGGGCUCCGCCCAGCCGAGGGGCAGGCAGCCCCCCAGGCUGAAGCCCCCCAGGCUGAAGCCCCCCAGGUUGAAGCCACAGAGGUGGAGGCAGCCCCCGAGGCGGAAGCACCAGAGGCUGAAGAUGUUGAGGCUGAGGAAAACCCCGAGAUUGAAGCCCCUGAAGCUGGAGCCCCCGAGGGGGAGGCAGCUCCAGUUUGGGGGGACCCUGGAGAGGGGUAGGCAGUGGGAGGCUGUGGGGUGCUGUGCCCUUGCUGCUCCCCACCCUGCUUGGGACACAUGGUAAUGCGGGGCAGGGGGGCUGUGUUUGUGCCCCCCCAGCAUGUGGUGGAGGCUGGGGUUGUGCAGCCACCGCUGUAACAUGGUGGGACAGAGAAAUACAGGUGCUGCCACCGGCGCUCACCCAG